UCCGCGGCGGCUCCGCGGCGGCACCGCUGCAUCCCCGCCUUGCCCGGCUCCCGGCGGGGCUGCGUGACGGCGCCGGGCACUGCGCGCCGCCGCCUUGUGUAACCCGCCGUUCGGACCCGGUUGGACCCGGACCCAGGCGCCGCGGCAGGAGAUAAAGAUCCUGGGUCUGCAGCACAUGUGAGGUUUACAGGACACUCAGAGUUCAAAAGUCUAACCAGGUUCCUACAAUGAGCUACAGAGGCAGAUCAUCUGCUUGAACCAGAACUAUUCAGAACUUUGCCUGUGAUUGCAAACAGAUAUGAUAAUUAGUUUUCUGUAAUAUACCAAUUUUUAUCUUGCUUAUCCUUACUGUGGAAGAAAGAAAUACUGCAGUUCUUCAAAGUAAAUGGUGCCUGCUCACACAUCCAAGCUCCUCUUCCUCCAUGUAGCUGUGAAGCAUCUUUCUACUGCUGAACCAUGAUGGAAACUGCCCAAAACAACAGUGACCUCAAACUACCUGCAGUGGAGUUUGACCUCUGUAACAAGGACAUGAUGGGAGACACAUUUGACCACAGUAUCAUUUCUAUUGGAGAAGAAGGCGGCACAGGCAACUUCCAACGUUCGUUUCCAACACGAGAGUCCCUCCGAUCCCCUCGGGGCUCUGUUGUGAGCUUCCAUAACAUUCAGUACUCUGUCAAGCAGUCCAGUGGAUUCCUGUGUAAGCGGAAAACUACAGAAAAGAAGAUCCUUCAUAGUGUCUAUGGCAUUAUGAAGCCAGGCUUGAAUGCUAUCCUGGGGCCAACAGGCAGUGGUAAAUCUUCUCUCCUAGAUGUGCUGGCUGCUAGAAAGGACCCAGCAGGCCUCUCUGGAGAAGUGCUUAUAGAUGGCAUCCCACAACCUCCGAAUUUCAAGUGCAUCUCAGGAUAUGUUGUGCAGGAUGACGUUGUCAUGGGCACAAUGACGGUGAGAGAAAACCUGCACUUCUCUGCUGCCCUGCGACUUCCCAGCUCUAUCACGAUUGAAGAGAAGGAGGAGCGAGUCACCCAGAUAAUCAGUGAGCUGGGGUUAAACAAAGUGGCUGAUGCAAAGGUAGGAACUGAAUUGAUCCGGGGAGUGUCUGGAGGGGAAAGGAAAAGAACUAACAUUGGGAUGGAGCUCAUCACAGAGCCACCAGUCCUUUUUCUGGAUGAGCCAACAACUGGCCUUGACUCCAGCACAGCCAAUGCUGUGCUCAUCCUUUUGAAGAGGCUCUCCAGAAGAGGCCGAACCAUAAUCUUUUCCAUCCACCAGCCCCGCUAUUCCAUAUUCAAGCUGUUUGACAGUCUGACGUUACUAGCUUUGGGAAAGGUGCUGUACCAUGGUCCUGCUAAGCAGGCCCUGGAAUAUUUUAAUUCUAUUGGAUAUGAAUGUGAACCAUUCAACAACCCAGCUGACUUCUUCCUUGAUGUUAUAAAUGGUGAUUCAACUGCUGUGGCAGCAAGCAAGGAAGGUCACAUACCUGUGGACACAGAAAAAGAAGUGAGUGGUGAAAAUGGAGUGGCAGAGGAGAACGUGGACAGCAGUGUGGUAGAUGUGCUGCACCAGAAGUAUCUCAACUCCAGCCUGUAUCAGAGUACAAGGGAAGCCCUGAGAAAAGUGGAGCUUGGGCAGGGAAGCAAGCAGAAGAUAUCCAAGAAGGGACAUGAGAUUACCUAUGCAAAUGGCUUCCUCACCCAACUGUACUGGGUGUCCAAGCGUUCUAUGAAAAACCUCAUCAGGAACCCACAGGCCUCUAUUGCACAGAUUGCAGUGACCAUAAUUCUAGCCCUUGUUGUGGGUGCUAUCUUUUUCGGCACAAAACUGGAUCGAAGCGGCAUUCAGAAUCGGGUUGGUUCUUUGUUUUUUGUCACCACAAACCAGUGUUUUUCCAGUGUUUCUGCAGUUGAGUUGUUCAUCAGAGACAAGAAGUUAUUUGUUCAUCAGUACACCAGUGGAUAUUACCGUAUCUCUGCCUACUUUUUGGCCUUGAUGGUAGGAGAUCUGCUGCCCAUGAGAACUGCUCCAGCCAUCAUAUUCUCAUGCAUCAGUUACUGGAUGAUUGGCUAUCAGGCUGUUGCAGGCCGGUUUUUCUUCUUUAUGUUGACCUUGGUACUGGUAUCCUACACUGCCACAGCCAUGUCUCUGGCUAUCAGUGCUGGGAUGGAUGUAGUGGCUGUGGCCAAUCUGCUCAUCACUAUUUGUUUUGUCCUGAUGCUGAUCUUUUCUGGCCUCUUAGUAAACCUCCCUUCUGUAAUGGGCUGGCUGAACUGGCUGAAGUACUUCAGUAUCCCACGAUAUGGCCUCACUGCUCUUCAAGUAAAUGAGUUUAGAGAUCUCUACUUCUGUGGUGAGAAGAAUCUGAAUGUUACAGUGUCUGUAGACAGCUGUCCCCCAGUUAUUUCAGGAGAAAUCUGUUCUGGUGAGAUGCACCUCUGCAGCCAGGGAAUUACACCUUCCAAUUGGGCCAUGUGGGAAAAUGUAGUGGCUCUAUUCUGCAUGACUGUUAUCUUCCUUAUAAUAGCCUAUGCAAAACUUCGCUUUAUGAGGAAGUUCACAUAGGCUCCUCCAUUGCCUCACUUUGCACCUUCUUAAGACUUAAAACUGCAAAGCCGGUUGGAGCCUACUGGAGGUUGACAAAAGACUUGCCUUGUUUCUGAAGCAUGAUCUCCACGUGAUUAUAUGAGUCUGUUUUUAACACUGAGUAAGUGAUUUUUUAAUGAGCUAAGAGGGAAAUAUAUUCUCUCAAGAACUUAUGGAGCUACGUGUUAUAGAACUUCCUUCUUCUGUGGCCAGCUUCUGACGUAUUUCAGAGAAAUUAUACGGGAAACGUUCAAAAGGAAAAAUUCCUUUUGAAAACAUGAACGUCUCUGGUCGCACACAGUACAAGGAGAUGACAGCAUUUAUGCACUGAUACGCUGCCCCUUACUCGUGCCUGAGCGACCGUGGCGCGCUGGGGGAGCGUUCCAGUCUGAUGCUGGCGAGCCGGGAACAGGCUCUCGCCGGGAGCAGGGGCGGCUUCCUCACGGCGGCGGCGCCACAGCCCCGCUUUUUGCUCACGAGAACUGAACGCGGUGACGAGCACGACAGCGAUGAACUGUAAAGCCGAACUAUCUGCUGCUUCAGAAGGGACCUUCUCCCCACCCUGUUAUUUUUAACAAUAAAGCAGGCUUUGUGCA